AUGCCCUGCGAGAGUCCUCCAAAGGGCCAGGAAAACGGGAAAACCAUUUCUCUUUGCCUUCGGGAUCUUCAAGCUGGUGGCCGCAUGCAAGUCAUUAAUCAGUCCACUUGCCAUGCUCAACUGAAUUUGACAAAGACGCCUAAUUUCACCGCAGUCCUGGUGGUCCCUUCCGGUUUUUUGGCCUCUCACAGAGGAGUGGUUUUCAAAGUGCCAUCGCGCUUUGCUCACAUCAAGAGAAAGGAUGCGGGCGGAGAACCGUGCGAGUCUGUUCUUGCUUCCUGUCUUCCGCGUGUAAAGCAGGCAGAGUGGUGGCAGUCCAGCGCGGGGCGGUGGCCAGCAGCGCCUCGGCAGGAAGAGGACACCGCCUGCUUGGAAUUAGAUUCGCAUUCGGGGGUCAGCAGAAAGGCGCACGGUGCCCUCGCCGCGGCCCGGGCGCCUGGACCUCUGCUGGUGACCCCGUGGCGGCUGCGGGAGAGCGAGCUCGCUGCGGGGGACGGUGCGCCUGGCCCUGCUGCUGCAAGCAGCGAUGGGUUUGCGGCCGAGUGGCCUCGCGGGGCCCCGAGGGAGCCGCUGCAGGCCAAUGAGCCCGGGGCUCGGGACCGGCUGGCCCGCCCGUUCGCCAGCCGGCCGCCCUGGGGCCUUAGGAACCGGGAAAUGAGCGUUACCCCGGCCCCACCUCCUGCCCUCCACUUUCCACCUCCUGGCUUUCGGCAAACUUUCCGGGCUAGAAAAAGUGUUGCGCGGGCUGUGGCUGCCGGGGUGGGUGGGGGACCUGCUGCUGGGAGAUGCGGCGCCUGCCGCGCAGCUGACGGCGACGCGGGAGCUCCGGAGCGGCUCCGCCAGGGUAUUACCAACAAAGCACCUGAAUCUUUCCCAUUUCCUGUUGUUCUGUGCUGGUGUGGGGACGCACGGUGCCAUAGUGUGAGCAGAGUAAAUCCAGUCAGGUUGUUUUCCAUUCAUCUUGGAACCUGUCCCUACAACUCUGCGACAUUUCUCAUCUUGGAGGAAGAAGAUGCUGAAGAUUGUGGAGCUGAAGUUGGCAGCUCUUCUCUUGGUUUUACUAAGGUGAUGCUAGAGGAUGGAAGAAGCAAAGGGUUUGGCUUUGUUAGCUUCUCAUCUCCGGAAGAGGCUACCAAAGCAGUCGCUGAGAUGAAUGGACGCAUCGUGGGCUCCAAGCCUUACGUUGCCCUGGCCCAGAGAAAGGAAGAGAGAAAGGCCCAUCUGACCAAUCAGUACAUGCAGUGUGUGGCUGGAAUGAGAACACUCCCCGCCAAUGCCAUCUUAAAUCAGUUCCAGCCUGCAGCUGGUGGUUAUUUUGUGCCAGCGGUUCCACAGGCUCAGGGAAGACCUCCUUAUUACACCCCUAACCAGCUAGCACAGAUGAAGCCUAAUCCACGCUGGCAGCAAGGUGGGAGACCCUAAGGCUUCCAAGUAAUGCCAAGUGCUAUACGCCAGGAUGGGCCUCGUCCAACUCUUCACCAUCUGGCUCCAACUGGGUCUGAGUGCCCGGACCGCUUGGCUAUGGACUUUGGUGGGGCUGGUGCCAUCCAGCAAGGGUUGACUGACACCUGCCAGUCUGGAGGUGUUCCAGCAGCUGUGCAAAACCUAGCACCUCGCGCUGCUGUUGCUGCCCCUGCCCCUAGAGCGGUCGCGCGAUACAAAUACGUGUCCGCUGUCUGCAGCCCUCACCCUGGCAUACAGCCUGUGCAGGCCCCCCAGCCCGCUGUCCACGUGCAGGGGCAGGAGCCUCUGACCGCCUCCAUGCUGGCCGCAGCACCUCCCCCCGCCCCAGAACAGAAGCAGAUGCUGGGAGAACGAUUGUUCCCCCUCAUCCAAACGAUGCACGCAAACCUGGCCGGGAAGAUCACGUGGAUGCUGCUGGAGAUUGACAACUCAGAGCUGCUGCACAUGCUGGAGUCCCCUGAGUCCCUCCGCUCCAAGGUGGAUGAAGCUAUGGCAGUUCUGCAGGCUCAUCAUGCCAAGAAAGAAGCUGCCCAGAAGGUGGGCGCUGUCGCUGCUGCUACCUCUUAGACGUGGAGAAACCAAUUCAAAAAGCCAAAUAACCCCUUGUGGAGUUCAGCUCAAGGUUUGAAGACUUCGUAGCUUGUCCUAUGGACCUCAACACCAAGAACCACAAAUUACAAAUUUAGUAGGUCAUUUUGUAUCAAAAGGUCAAUUAAUGAAGCACCUAGAAUUUUUCGAUUAUAUGACUAUUCUCUGGGUUCUGCUUUGACCCAGAUAAUGUGAACUUUUUUUUUUCUAUUGUGGGUUUUGAUUUUUUUUUUCCCCUACCCUGGAAACUGAAUUUAUUUGAUGUACCCAAGUCUUAUGUUUCUCAAUGAAG